UUCCAAUCACUUUAUUCGAAUGAAGUCGGUUUAAAUAUUAGUUCGUUUUUCGUUUCAAAACAAUCAGGAACUAUUUAAAACUUUUUCUGUUUUUCAUUUCUGUUUUUUCUUUUUUUUUUUUUGUAAUCAUGUCUUGGGACGACAUUUUAUUAACCAAUCAUAAGUCGAUCCCUCAGUCAGUUCUCUUGGAAGGCCGCUACAGUGAAUUCUUUAAUUUCUACAAUAAUUUGGAGACCCACAUCGCGCUGCUAAGAGAUUCCGUUCGAACAGAGGCUUUUCGGGAUGCAAUACUCCAAAAUAGGGAGUUCUUCGAGGGAAAAAUUGUGCUGGAUGUGGGCUGUGGUACAGCAAUCCUCUCCCUCUUUGCCGCCGACGCUGGAGCUAGCAAGGUUAUAGCCGUGGAAAAUACGGAUACUGCAGAUCUUGCCUUGGAAAUCGUAAAGGACAACGACAAGGAGCAUGUGGUGAAGGUGGUCAAGGGCUUGGUGGAGCAACUGAAGCUUCCCGAUGGCAUUGAGAAGGUGGACAUAAUAAUCUCUGAGUGGAUGGGAAACGCUCUUUAUAUGGAGGGUAUGCUGAAUUCGGUGCUUUUUGCCAGGGACAAGUGGCUCAAACCCGGAGGCCUCAUCCUCCCCAGCCUUGCCAAUCUGUGGAUGAUCGGUGCCAGUGACCCCCAUCGCAUGGCCAACCUAAACUUCUGGCGCGACGUCGAGGGUAUAGACAUGAGCUGCCUGAGGAAGCAGUUUUCCCAGGCGCCCACUGUGGACUGCGUGCCCAUCCAGCAGCUGCUCACGGACGAGUGCUGGAUUCACUCCACCCACUUGGACACUGUCCGGAACGAACCAGUGGUCUUCCGCUCGAACUUCGUGCUGAGAGUCCUGCGCCCCGGGGUGAUCAAUGUCCUGGUAUUGUACUUCGACGUGGGAUUCUUUUACGGGGAGAACCAGACCCCCAUAACCCUGUGCACGUCUCCGCGCUCACCCUGGACGCACUGGGAACAGACCCUGCUUCACCUGGACGAGCCUCUGUUUGUCAAAGCCAAUGAUCAGGUGCGUGGCAUCCUGGCCAUGAUGCCGAGCGCUGUGAACGGACGCUGCAUGAACUUUGAACUGAGCAUCAGCUUCCGGGGAGAUCGCACCCGUGUGGAGAGCUUCAAGAGAUUUACCUCGGACUGAUUUUGAGUGGGAAUUAGUGCCAUUGUCGUCCAAAGAUUUACGCAUUAAAACAUAAAGUGACCCGAAA